AUGCUAACAAUGGCAAAACCAGCAAAAUCAGACCCUGAGAGAGGUUUGUCUGACGAGGGUUCCAGUGCCUUUCGUCGCCUACUGCUUAUUGAGCUAUCCGUCUUGCGGCGCCGCUACGGACUUCUCUCCGAGGACUAUCACGAUGCCGCUGACGGGCACGCCCUGCCCACCUCUGCCGCGGCUCGUGGUGACGCGCCUUUCUCUGCUUGCGAAACCUCCUCCGUGGACGAGGAGACGGGCGCCCUCUGUCAGAGCGACCGCGACGCCAUCGAGGCGCUGUUUCACUCCAUCGACGAUUUCGCGCGUGAGUUCAACGAGGGCAAAGGCGACGUGGAGCGCGAUGACAUUGUCUCAAAGAUUAUGCGCGAUAUAGUAUAG